ACCGUCACCUGACGCCAGGUACAAACUGUCUGUCUUACCAUCCUGCAGAUUUCACCAUGAAGAUAUUUUAUAUCCUUUGCGCUUGCACAGUUGUGUCUGCCGCCCCUAACCCCGGUGUUACCAAAGAACAGCUGCACGACUAUCCAGAAGUGAGGGCUUUCUUGGCGAAGCAGACUGGAGCGCAUCAUCUGGAGAAACGUCUGCUUUUUGAUGACGUAUUUGGCGCUGUUGGUUCACUUGUUGGAGACGUUGGUUCUGCAGUCGGAAACACCAUCAAUGCUGUCGGUUCUGUGGUCGAAAAUGCAGCUGAUGCUGUUGCAGGUGGCGCAGAGUCAGUGGUCAAAGAUCUUGGUAAGGCAGCUGAUGAUGUUGUAGAUGGCGUAGAGGCGGCUGUUGAUGAUCUUGGUAAGGCAGCUGGUGCUGCUGUAGAUGGCGUCGAGUCAGCGGCCAAUGAUAUUGCUGAUGCAGCUGAAGAUGUUGUAGGUGGCGUAGAGUCAGCCGCCAAUGAUCUUGGUCAAGCAGCUGAAUCAGUUGUGGGUGGUUUCGAGGGAGCAAUCGAAAAUAUUGGUGAAGCGGUUACCUCUGGCAGCCUGGAAGAAGCCCUUCAGCACCUCGGUGCAGCCGCGGAAUCUGUUGCAGGAGGUGUUGUGGGUGGAGUCGAACAUGUCGGCGGAGCAGUUGUAGACGUUGUAGAAGGUGUUGUGUCGGGAGCCGAAAGUUUAGCUAAGGCAGCAAAAGAUUUGGCUGGAGGCAUUACUGCAGUGUGUCACUACCUGGUUCAGGGAGCACAGGCCGCUGAGCAAGGUGUUGAAAACGGACUAAAGGACGCCGUUCAGUCAGUUCCAGUCGUUGGCCAAGUAGCAGCUGUGGCACAACAAUACCAGGAGCUGUUGCAAGCCUCAGGAGCCACACAGCAGAUCAGUGAGGAAGGGUGUCAGGGAGCCAUAUCUACAUUCCUAGGAGUCUAAGAAAAACACUGAGGCCGCCAUAAACAGGUUGCAAUCAGUCCAAUCUUCAUAACUGCUGAUGUCGAGAGACAGUCCGGAUUUCUUCUCACAUGAAAAGUUUCUCCCAAAGUUUCUAAAGACCCAAAGUGCUACUCGUAGUCACUUUUCUUUAAACUCAGAACUUCUGAAUGUUUCAAUUAAUUCAACUUCAAACGCAAAGAAAAGAAUAAAGGAUCUGAAAACAA